AUGUCAUCGGCAUACUCUCCUUACGCCACCGUCUCCCCGGCGUCGCUCCACGACCAUAAGGACGACCGUGAGCUCGGGCCCCACUAUAACGACACCGGCUAUACGCAGAAUAACCACAUUGCUCCGACAGACCAUCAACAGUUGCUGUCGCCAUAUUCUUCUCAUAUGCGGAGCAAUUCUGCCUCGCCCAGCAACACUUCGCUCACCCCGGCUGACUCUACGACCAGCUUGUACGUCGUGGCGAGCGAGUUUGGUGAAAGUGACUGGAGCAACGACGACCCAUUCUUUGGUGCCAACUUUGACAUCGAUCGUGGGACACCAUCUUUCCUGGAAGAGCAGUCCCCUUUCAAUUCGGAAUCUCAGACAAGCUGGAAAGCGCCGCCCACAAGCGAUCCUUCUUAUGGGCAGCCUGAUGCUCCUUCACCACAGGGACCAGACUCGAUAGCGUCAAAUACAUCGGUGCCCCACCUGACGCCAGACACCAACGCAGAGGGCUGGUCGAACGCCGAGAGUCCUGCCCUUGCUGCGAUGUCCACAACUAGCCCCCGUGUGACUGUCUCAGUUUGGGGCAAAGAGAAUGAGCAGCCACUUCACGCGAUGGAGAGGCCUCUGACCUCAGAGGCUUCAAGCCCCCACCAAUUUCGCUCUCUCCAUGAAGAUGCACUGUCUGUUGAGACACUUCAUGGCUCAGCACCAAGCGUGUCACGCGAUCAACAAGGCGGCUGGCUGGCCGACAGCGAAACGGGUCAGCGUGGAUUGGCUCCUGAAAAUCGCUCUGCCGAAGAAACAACCAGCGUCAAUCAGCUGGCUGCCACACGAGAAGUUGAUGCAAAAAGCCAGUUGGUAGAAUCCUGGGUUUCAAACACUGCGGAUCAAGCACAACCUCCAAUUGCGGAGAACACUACUGGUCAAACGGCCACAGAAGACGAUAAUAUUCCAAUGGGCCAUUGGACUGUUAACACGCAUAAAGAAGACCAGGUCUACUACAAUGGAGACUUCACGAAUGAUCAGAGAGGUGAUGGGCCGUCCAAUGGCUCCGGCCGAAUCGGGUUGGCCGACCUUGACCUCCUACCUGCUCGCAACUGGGAGAACUCUCCAAUGGUACAGCCAAUAUCCGACAUCAACUCGAGGAGAAACCAGCCUGAGACCUCGGCAGCUGCAAUGGCGAAAUUUGAGAGAAUGUGCCAUGACAAUGACUCCUUCGUAUCAUAUGCUGCUACGUGGGGAACUCGACGGAGAAGUAUGCCUAGUGUUGUCGAUACUGAAGGAGUCAUUAGCGGAAACUUUUUCAAAAAGCUGGCACUGAAAGGUGACGGCACUUCUUCCCGUCGCCCGAGUCUCUUCAAGGAGAUUUCGACAUUGGUCAGGAGGCCAAGCCAGAGUGUUCUCAAACGCAAGGGUACCAAUGGUGAAGAGCCAAUAUCGGAAGAUUCGAGUUCGAGUAAUCGGCGGGAAUCUCGAGAUAGUCUGGUUCCGCCUGCCCGCAGUGGAAGCUGGGGCAUACGCUCAAGACAGACACCCAGCUUGAACACGGCAUUAGUCGGAAUGGCUGCUGGUGCGGCUUCCAUCGGUUCCUCGACGGCUCAUACUCGAAACGGCUCAAUGAGUGCAACUAACACCGUCCCUCCUAGGAGUCCGUCAUUCCUACAAGCCAAGAUACCUAUUAUGAGACCAAGGAGUCGAACUGAAGCGCCAAAGCCUCCGCCUUACCCCAACAACCUUGUGGGCAUGCUCAUGAAAAAUGGCGGCCCGCCCGUGGCUCAACUGGCCAAGUCACAAAUGCCCCAUGACGCAGAUGAGGACGAUGAAGACGACGAGGCUUUUGAGGACUUGGACAUCAAGACUGAUUUCAGCAAAUCAGAAGAUAUCACUCCAACCUUGGACGGGUUCCGCCAACACAUCCUCAAACUAAACCCCUUUCUAGCAACCAGCAACCAAUACCUGGUAGAUCGGAUUGCGCAUCAAAUGGUUGUGCGGUACAAGAACCUCCAGAACCAGAAGAUCAAGCAUCUCAGAGCGGCGCAUUCUGGACACUGCAACUCUGGCGCGUUCUGUGUCCAAAGGGAAGGAAUGGUCAGGCCUCUGGAGUCUAAAAGCGGCGUUCGCGAUACAGACCCUGUAUCGGCCCAAGCAGACUCUUCAGAUGGCGAUGCGAACCCUCAUGAAGGUACUAUCAACACGGAAACAUUUCCUACGGGUAUUCCUAUGCCACCCACAUCCAUUCUGCCUGCAGAGUUUGAAUGUCGGAUCUGUUUCAGUUUCCGCAAAUUCAUCAAGCCUUCUGAUUGGACCAAGCAUGUGCAUGAGGAUGUCCAACCUUUUACGUGCACCUGGGAUCACUGUCGUGAGCCAAAAAUGUUCAAGAGAAAGGCUGACUGGGUUCGACAUGAGAAUGAAGGCCAUCGCCAUCUCGAGUGGUGGACUUGUGAUGUUGAUGAAUGUAAGCAUACGUGUUACAGGCGCGACAACUUCUUGCAGCAUCUCGUCCGUGAGCACAAGUUCGCAGAGCCCAAGGUCAAGACAAAAGCAGCGGUCAAGAAGUCAGGACAAACCGAUCUCACCUGGCAGAAAGUUGAGGAAUGUCAUGCUGAAACACCGAAACAACCACAAGAAGAGUCUUGUAGCUUCUGCGGCAAGACCUUCCCCUCGUGGAAGAAGUUGACAGUUCACCUUGCAAAGCACAUGGAACAGAUUAGUCUGCCAGUGUUGAGACUUGUGUCUACGAAAGACCUCAAUCAAGACACAAUAAUCAGUCCUGUGCAAGAUCCCCCGCCACGAAGCUUUCCCGCACCCACCACUCCGGUGAAAAUCGAGGAGCCAGUGUUCACUUCUCAACGGCCACACGCCGUUUCGAAUCCAAUAGACUACAACCCGCACGGCAACCUAGGAUUCCAAGCGAUGGCACAACAAAACAACCUGUCCCAUUUCUAUAACCAAGGACAAGCCAAUCCACAGUUUGGCGGGAUGGGACAAGCCGCGAGCAGUGGAUUGAUGAUGCCGCAGGGACCUGCUGGCUACCCGCAAACCCAGUAUUCGGUCAUGCCCGUGACAACUGGAGGCCAGUUCGGGAAUGCCUACGUGGCAAUGCAAAAUCAAGCAGAACCAUUCCCGGCAUUCAACAACGACGCACUGGGCCUUCAGUAUACAAAUGGGCAGAUGCCAUAUGAUAACAUGGCACCCACUGUCAUGCCUGCGGAUCAAUCCAGUUACCAUGGCUCAGUAUCACCAUAUUCACGAUCUCCUCAUCCAGGAAACAACGGGUUCUAUAUGCAAUAA